AUGAGCACACACGACAAGGGACAAGCCCAACUUAAUGGAAAUGGAACUGACAAAUUACCUCGCCUACAAAUAAUUGAUGAAAAUCAACAUUUCACAAAAGAAUUGCCAAAUUUUAUGAAAGAGGAAUGGAAUCUAGCAGAUUCUGGCUUCAAUUAUAAUAUAGUAGCAGUUUUUGGUUCACAGAGUACAGGAAAAAGUACUUUGUUGAAUAGAUUAUUUGGUACAAGCUUUGAUGUCAUGAGUGAAUCAGCACGUCGUCAAACCACUAAAGGUAUUUGGAUGAGCCGUGGUAAAGAUAUGAAUGUAUUAAUUAUGGAUGUUGAGGGUACAGAUGGCAGAGAACGUGGUGAAGACCAGGAUUUUGAGAGAAAAAGCGCAUUGUUUUCAAUGGCAACUUCAAAUGUCAUUAUAGUAAAUCUUUGGGAACAUCAAGUUGGUCUUUAUCAAGGUGCUAAUAUGGGUUUAUUAAAAACCGUGUUUGAAGUUAAUUUACAAUUAUUUCAGGCUGCAAGAGGGGGAGAAAAAACAUUAUUGCUUUUUGUGAUUCGUGACCAUGUUGGUGCGACCCCUCUAGAAAAUUUAGCAAAUACAUUAACCGCUGAUCUGGAAAGGAUUUGGGACAGUCCUGAAGGUUUGGAAAACUGUGAGAUCAAAGAUUACUUUGACUUUAUGUUUACAGCUUUACCGCAUAAACUGCUAUUACCAGAAAAAUUCGACCAAGAUGUUAUAAAAUUAAGAGAAAGAUUUACAAAUCCAAAUCAUAAAGAUUCUGUAUUUAAAUCAAAUUAUAGUAAACGUGUGCCUGCUGAUGGUUUUCAUGUUUAUGCUGAAGGAAUAUGGGAUCAGAUUAUGUCCAAUAAAGAUUUAGAUUUGCCAACGCAACAAGAACUCCUUGCUCAAUAUCGUUGUGAUGAAAUAGCAACAGUUGCUUUUGAUGCAUUUGUGAAAAAAAUUAAAGGAUUUCGUCAACCUAUUGAAUCUGGUAAAGUUAUUGAAGAAUUGGGAACAGAAAUGGAGGAAAUUAGAAAUACAACUAUAAAACAAUUUGAUAAAGAGGCGUCACGUUAUCAUAAUGAGGUGUAUAAACGUAAAAGACAAGAAGUUCUUAACAAAGCCAAUUCUCAGCUGCAUGUAUUUUUCACAGGUCAACUGAAAAAUCUAUCCAAGAGAGCAGUUACGAUUUUCAAUUCCAUAAUUCAUGAAAAAUUAAAAGGUGAAGGCUAUGAUUUUGCUGAAGUUGUGUCCAAUGCUCGUGAACAAGUUAUUGAUCAGUUCACAAAGUCCGCAGAAGUAAUUUUAUUGUCUGAUACUGAUUGGACAUUUGAUGAAGAAUUGAACCAAUUAACCGAAUCAAUUAAUGAUGUUGCUGCUAAAUCACGUGUAGAAGAAACAAAGAAGAUGAUUAAAGCAUUAGAGAAAUCAUUUCAAACGCAAAUCAACGAAUUUGUCCCAUUAUAUUUCAAAACUCCCGAUCAAAACAUGUGGCAAAAAAUCAUUGGAAAAUUUCAACAAGUUCUUAAUAGUUUUAAUGCUACAGAAGAAGAAAAUAAUGAAUCAAUCAUAAACCUUCGUAAACAAUCCUGGUUACAAUUACGAAAAAAACUUGAGGAAGAACUUGCAGAUAAUAUGUUUUUAUUGAAAUUACGUGAAAGAUUUGAAGAAAAAUUUAGAUAUGAUGAAGAGGGUUUACCAAAAGUAUGGAAACCUGAAGAUGAUAUCGACUUACAUUUCAAAAAAGCUAGAGAUGAUGCAUUGAAUUUGAUUCCUUUAUUUGCUCAUAUAAAAAUUCCUUCAGAUAUUGAAUUAGAUAUUCCUUCAGAUGAGGAACUUGAUUUUGAAGAGUCAUUAACUAUUCUAUCAGAGACAAAAGAACAUGAUUUAACAGUUCGAUUUAAACGGGAAUCAGAUGCAUUCUAUCUUGAAGCUAAACGAUCAGUCGUAGCGAUAACUGCCAAAGUACCUUACUGGAUAUUAUUUAUUAUUGUUAUACUUGGUUGGAAUGAAUUCAUGGUUAUCAUAACAUCACCAUCUUAUUUGAUAUUAACUGGAUUUUUUGGAAUAAUUUUUUAUGUUGUUUGGUUAUUAAAUCUUAUUGGAACCGUAGAAACAUUCAUGCGUAUGAUUAUAAAUGAAUUUGUUAAGGUAGGAAAAGAUAAAAUCAAAAACAGUUUAGAAGAAAGUGGCCAUCCAAUAGUAGCCGAAAAAUUAGGCUAUAUGCUUGGUGAUACUAGUGUUGUAACAAAAAAAGAACAAUAA